AGGGAAAACAACAGAUUUUUGUGUGCCACAAACAUUAUAGCAUAGGGAUAAUUCUUGAGAAAAAUUGUUUUCCACAAAAAAAAGAGUUCGAAAGAAACAAAAAAAUAUAAUAAUAAUAAUAAUAAUAAUAAUAAAUCAAAUAAAGCCACCCCCAGAAAUUCCGAUUAUCUUUCCUUCACCAUUCACCUUAUAUUUAUAUAUUCCCAUUUUAUCCACACAACAUUUUCUUCCUAUUUUAAAAAAGAGUUAAAUAUCAUUAGUGCUGCUACUACUUCCUAAUUGGAAACACGAAAGACUCAUAGUUAGGAAGAUGCAGCAGCCAUCAGGUUCAGAAGUUCACCAACGUAUUGCCAGAAUUUCAGCUCAUCUCUACCCUUCAAAUCCCCAGAUGGGAGAGGGGUCUAUGUUGGAAAGAACAAAUUGCAGAGCAAAAGGUGGGGCAGCUGGAUUCAAGGUUGCUAUACUGGGUGCUGCUGGAGGAAUUGGGCAACCACUUGCAAUGUUGAUGAAGAUGAAUCCUUUAGUCUCUGUUCUUCAUCUUUAUGAUGUUGUUAAUUCUCCCGGUGUUACUGCUGAUAUUAGCCACAUGGACACUGGUGCUGUUGUGAGGGGUUUUCUGGGGCAAAGUGAGCUUGAGGGUGCGCUUACAGGAAUGGACCUUGUGAUUAUACCUGCUGGUAUUCCGAGAAAACCAGGAAUGACAAGAGAUGAUCUUUUUAAGAUUAAUGCUGGGAUUGUGAGGACCCUCUGUGAAGGAAUUGCAAAGUGUUGUCCUAAUGCUAUUGUUAAUUUGAUUAGUAAUCCUGUGAACUCCACAGUUCCUAUUGCAGCUGAAGUUUUCAAGAAAGCAGGUACUUAUGAUCCAAAGAAGCUCCUUGGAGUUACCUCACUAGAUGUUGUGAGAGCGAAUACUUUUGUGGCAGAAGUUUUGGGACUGGAUCCUAGGGAAGUGGAAGUUCCUGUUGUUGGAGGUCAUGCUGGGGUGACAAUUUUGCCUCUUCUCUCACAGGUCAAGCCUCCUUGCUCCUUUACACAGGAGGAAACAGAGUAUUUGACUAAGCGCAUUCAAGAUGGAGGAACGGAGGUUGUUGAGGCCAAAAAGGGGGCUGGAUCUGCAACUCUAUCUAUGGCAUAUGCAGCUGUAAAAUUUGCAGAUGUUUGCCUCAAGGGCUUAAGAGGAGAUGCCGGUGUGGUGGCUUGUGCUUUUGUAGCCUCUCAGGUAACAGAACUCCCUUUCUUUGCCUCCAAAGUACGACUUGGUCGUAUGGGAGCUGAAGAAGUAUAUCAACUUGGUCCCUUAAACGAGUAUGAGAGGAUUGGACUGCAGAAGGCCAAGAAAGAGCUCGCCGAAAGCAUUCAGAAAGGAAUUUCCUUCAUCAGGAAUUAGUAGAGUUUCAAAUUCCAUAAUACUUUUUCUGAUUGUCUGGUAAAUAUUAGAAAUGAAAUGGUUCUGUCAAGUACUAUGCUAAUAAAGAGUGUCUCCAUUUUCUUGCUCUGAAACGAAUAUUAUUCGAAAUGUAAGCUUCAUAUGCUUUGCUAGUUUUGGUAAAAAAGAACAAACUCCUGUGUUCCGCCUGA